CAUGCGGCAGACAAGGAGCAACGCGUCCUCCGGGCCACGCGGGCAGAAGCGGCCUGGGGUCUCAAGGACUCCUGGCGCCGCUGCCUCGGUUCCCGGCGACACCCGCGCACGGCGCCCCACGGGCCAACCCGGGGACAGGAGCCGGUCGGGGAAGCAGCGGCCGAGGCAGUCGUCGCCGCGGGCCCAGGAGGCGAUUCCCGGGGAGCCGCUGCAGCCGGAGCUGGCGCUGCUGUCGCCGUCCCCCGUUCCGGUGACUCAGACGUCCGCGGUGGCCACGUUGGACCUGGGCGACCAGCGGGAGCGCUGGGAGUCGUUCCAGAAGCGGCAGAAGCUCACCUUCGAGGGUGCCGCUAAGCUCCUGCUGGACACCUUUGAAUACCAGGGCCUGGUGAAACACACAGGAGGCUGCCACUGUGGAGCAGUGCGCUUUGAAGUUUGGGCCUCGGCAGACUUACACAUCUUUGACUGCAACUGCAGUGUUUGCAAGAAGAAGCAGAAUAGACACUUCAUUGUUCCUGCUUCUCGCUUCAAGCUCCUGAAGGGAGCAGAGAGCAUAACCACAUACACGUUCAACACUCACCAAGCGCAGCAUACCUUCUGUAAGAGAUGUGGCGUGCAGAGCUUUUACACCCCUCGCUCAAACCCUGGAGGCUUCGGAAUCGCCCCACACUGUCUGGAUGAGGGCACUGUGCGGAGUGUGGUCAUUGAGGAAUUCAAUGGCAGCGAUUGGGAGAAGGCCAUGAAGGAGCACAAGACCAUCAAGAACAUGUCUAAAGAGUGAGCUCUUGCUUUCUCGCGUCCUGAGGAGUGAUUGGGACCAGUAGCCUUGCUGUCUCCUCUGCACCUCGGUGGUGCCGUGAAGGUGGCUGACCCAGGCUGCUGGUGCCCUUGGCCAGUGGCCCUCUCGGUCUCUGCACUUUGCUCCAUCUACCAGUUUCCUUAGACAGCUCUUUGUCCUUUGUCAGCUCACACUUGGAUGUAGGCUAGUUAGCAUCCUCUUUCUCUUCCUAAUUUUGUGUGAUCUUUUAGAAAAAUAAAUAUUUUAAUAUUAAAGCA